UCCCAUGGUCGGCGCCACCGUGAGCGGUUAUCGCCUUAUGUCCUCCUCCUAUGCUACAGGUGUGCGAUGUGAACGCUGUCAAUAUUCGCGCGGGCGGACCGAUGUGCCAUCCCGACGGAGCGCAGACGGCACAUCCCAACAUCCUGUGAACCUAUAUAUAAAGCCCCUGUGGGAGCACGACCACAUUCCCAGAGACAGACUCUUGCAACAGCUCACCACUUGACGGCAUCAUGGUUGAAUUCAAGGGCUACGCGUUGACCGACCCGUCGGCAUGGAGCACGCUGAGCGUGGUGAAUUACCAGCCAAAAACCUUCGAGGACGACGACGUCGAGCUCGCGAUCACGCACUGCGGCGUGUGCGGCUCGGACGUGCACACCCUGAGCCAGGGCUGGGGCAGCACGGGCACGCUGCCGCUCGUCGUCGGGCACGAGAUCGUCGGGAUUGUCACGCAGGUCGGCGCGAACGUGCAGGAGUUCAAGGUCGGCCAGCGCGUCGGCGUCGGCGCCCAGAUCGGCAGCUGCUACAAGUGCAAGCGCUGCAAGAACAACAACGAGAACUACUGCGCAGACGGCAUGAUCGACACCUACAACGCAUACUACCCCGACGGCGUGUUCGCGCAGGGCGGCUACUCAACGGCCAUCCGUGCAAACCAGCUAUUUGUGUUCGCCAUCCCAGAGGCGAUCGAGUCCAAGGAUGCGGCAUCCAUGUUCUGUGCCGGCCUGACGGUGUACUCGCCCCUGCGGAGAAACGGCUGUGGCCCCGGCAAGAAGGUCGGUGUGAUGGGCAUCGGUGGCCUCGGGCACUAUGCCGUGUUGUUUGCGGCUGCGAUGGGCGCGGAGGUGUACGCCUUCACACACAGCGAAGCGAAGCUCGAGGACGCAAAGAAGAUGGGGGCCACCCACGUCAUCAGCACACACUCCAAUGACUUCUACAAACCGUACCUCGGCGAGCUGGAUAUCUUCAUCUCGACCAUCGACGUCUUCCGGCCGGACCGGCCGCUGAAGACGUACAUGUCGAUGCUGGACGUGCACGGCAAGUUCAUCAACCGGGCGUUCCUGGGCGGGUCGCACAUCGGCUCGAAGGACGACUGCAACGCGAUGCUGAAGCUCGCCGCGGAGAAGGGCGUCAAGCCGUGGGUCCAGGAGCUCCCGAUGAGCCAGGCGAAGGAGGCGGUGGAGAAGUGAAGGCGGGAAGGUGCGCUACGGUAUGUGUUGACCCAAGAUAUCGCCCCCGUCGCGUGAGGCUCGUGCGUCGGGGCCGGUACGCUUGCUUCGAUGGCCGUGAUGCCCGUGUGGACGUCAUUGUGGUCGGCAGUAGUGGUAGAAGAUGUAGAGUAGCGUGUAAUGUACCCAAGAAGCAGUACAAAGAUAAAUCAAUAGCC